AUGGGGGACGAGGACCCCCGCUCCACGCUGAACGUGAACGUAGGCGUGAUGGGCCACGUGGACUGCGGAAAGACGAGCCUAGUGGCCGCGCUGUCCACGAGCCUGUCGACGGCGUCGCUCGACAAACACCCGCAGUCGCGCGAACGCGGCAUCACCCUCGACCUCGGCUUCAGCUCCUUCCGCGCCGACACGCCAGCAGACCUGAAACCUCGAGUGAGCGCCGAUCAAGUCCAAGUCACCCUGGUCGACUGCCCGGGACACGCGACUUUGCUGAAGACCAUCCUGGGCGGCGCGGGGAUCAUCGACGCGCUCGUCCUGGUCAUCGACGCCGUCGCGGGCGUCCAGGCGCAGACCGCGGAGUGCAUCGUCGUCGGCGAGUGCGUGCGCGCGCAGCGCAUGCUUUGCGUGAUCAACAAAACCGACCUCCUGCCCGAGGAGGGGCGCGACGGCGCCGUCGCGAAGCUCGCGAAGCGACUCUCCGCGACGCUCGCGCGGACGGCGUUCCGCGGCGCGGAGGUCGUCGCGGUCGCGGCCCGUCCCGGCGGGGGCGACGGCGUCGACCGCGCGGGGGCCGCGGAGCGCGCGUGGGGCGUGCGGGAGCUCGCGGAGCGCCUGGUGCGGUUCGCCGGGGACGUGCGGCGCGCCCCGGACCCGCCGACGGGGCAGCCGGGCCGCCCGCUGCUGAUGGCAACAGACCACUGUUUUACGGUCAAGGGGCAGGGGACGGUGAUGACUGGGACGGUGCUGCACGGGGCGGUGGCGAAGGGGGACGAGGUGGAGGUGGCGGGGACGGGGCUGGUGCGGCGCGUGCGCAGCGUGCAGGCGUUCGGGCGCGCGGUGUCGCGGGCGAGCGAGGGCGACCGCUGCGGGGUGUGCCUGGUGCAACUCCCCCCCGAGGCCGUUCGGAGCGAGCGCGGGCUGCUCUGCGCGCCCGGCACGGUCGCCGCGGUGCAGCAGUGCGUCGCCAUCGUCCGGCGCGUCAGGUUCUUUCCGUCAGCGGUGCCCUCGCGGUCAAAGGUGCACAUCACCGCCGGGCACGCGACGGUCAUGGCGCAGGUGUCCUUCGUCGCGCCCGACGAAGACGGCGCCGCCGUGGCCUGGGACCCCGCGGCGCUGUACGCCGCGCUGGACGAGCUGCCGGGGUGCGACGAGGACGCGGCUGACGACCAGAACGGCCCCGCGACGCUCGCGGCGCUGACGUUCGAGCGGCCGCUGCUCGCACCCGUGGGCGCGCGGAUCAUCGGGUCGCGGCUCGACAUGGACCCGUCGGAGGGCCGGUGCCGGAUCGCCUUUGAGGGCACUCUGGUGGGGGCGCUGGCGGGGGGCGCGGGGGGUUGCGCGACGGACCACGUGCGGUCGUACCGCCCGAAGGAACGCGAGGGGCGCGUCGAGCGCGUGGAGCCCGACAGUGGCGGCGUGAUUGUGCGGGACUUGUUCCCAAAGGGUUGCGACAUUGUGCCCUUCCUCGGAAUGCGUGUGGCGCUCGUGCGCGACGAGUUCGCCGGCGACGGCGCGCGGGGGAGCAUGGACGGUCUGGAAGUGGGGAGUGUGGCCGAGGAGGACGCGGAGGCGACGGUGGAGAGGGGGUUCGGACUGUCGGGAAAGGUGCGGCUGCAGCUGGGGCGCGGGGCGCCCGCGGCGGGGCUCGAGGGGCGCCGAGCGGUGCUGCGGUUCCGCAAGAUUAUGUCCGGCCCGGAUCGCGGCAUGAUCGUGCAGUGA